AUGCCGGGUAUCGAUCCCUCCUUCAUCACUCAUCGUUUGAGCAUCGAGCCCCAUUUUCGGUCCUUUCGCCAGAAGCAGCGCAUCUUUCACCCGAAACGUAACACUCUUAUUGCUCCUGAAGUAGAUAAGCUACUGGAGGCUCAGUUUGUCAAGAAUGUGGCUGUCAAAUGUGGUCUUGGUCCAAUUUCCCAAGCCAUCGUCUCAGACAACGGCAAGCAAUUCGACAACGCCAAGUUCAGGAAAUUUUGUGCAAACCUCCACAUUCAACCAUGCUUCUCUUCGCCAGACCAUCCCCAAGCCAAUGGGCAAGUCGAGGUCACCAACCGCUCUCUCUUGAAAAUCAUCAAGACCAAGUUGGAAGGCGCCAAGGGACUCUGGGCUGAGGAACUGCCAAACGUGCUCUGGGCCUAUCGCACUACCGCCCGAACCCCUACUGGGGAGACCUCUUUUCGCUUAAUAUACGGCGCUGAGGCAGUCAUCCCAGUGGAAAUCGGCCUACCAACCCUGAGGGUUCUACACCAAGACCCAGAACUAACCAAAGACCUACGUCGGGCUGACUUAGACUUGAUUGAAAAGCUUCGAGAGACAGCUACCGUUAGGAGUGCCUCAUAUCAACAGAAAAUGAGAGCACACUACAACCGUAGAGUCCGACCGAGGGAAUUCGCAGUUGGCGACCUAGUUUUACGUGAAGCAACUCUUGCCACCAAAAGUCCUGCCGAGGGCAAGCUAGCAGCCAAAUGGGAAGGACCUUACAUUGUUAAGGCCAGACCUCGCCCAGGCACCUAUCGACUCCAGGACAUGGAAGGCCGAGACCUCCCCCACCCGUGGAAUGCCAAAUACUUGAAACGUUAUUUCUAG